UCCCACUGACCCCUCUGUUCUCACCCACCCUCUCUAACAAGAUUCUUUGCCCAUGCCUCAUUUUUGCUGAUCUCUUCAAGCUUUGGACCUCAUUAAGCACAGACCUGAGUGAGAAGCAGCCCCUCUCCUGGAUGCCACCAUGAGACUGGUGUCCCUGGUGCUGUUCCUCACCUUCACCCUGCUGCCUUUCACUGCUGGCCACAUCCUACUGGGAUUAUCGGAGGGAAGGAGCAGGGAGCAGAAGGUGUGGGUCAGAGAGGGGAGUUCAGCUGUGCUGCCAUGCCAUUUGAGCCCCAGAAAGAUGAGGGAGACCUCCAAGCAGCUGCCUGACAAGAUAUCUGUGCUGUGGAAGCGGCAUGGGGGAAGUGUGCACCAGGAGCCGCACGUGGUGCUGGAAGUUGGCUACUCGGGCCUCCAGAAGACAGCACUGCUCAUGAAGCCCCGGGUGUCCCUCCAGGACCCCGCCUUACGCAAUGGCAAUUUCUCCCUGCGGAUCGUCCCCGUCCGGAGCGAGGACGUUGGGCUGUAUGAGGCACAGGUGAAAUAUAAGACAGAAGUCCACAGCUGCCACGUGGAGCUGGGGGUGAUCACAGUAACCCUCAUUCCACCCAAUCCUGUGAUGGAAAAUGAGCUGCUCUUGAUGAGCUGCAACUCCAGCCACCAGGCCAGCCUUGUGGAGACUUGCUGGUUCCACAGCGAGCAGCCAGGCCGCACCUCCAGGACCUUCUGCUCCUUGUCCGGGACUCUCUCCAUCCUCCAUCCAGCCAUGAGCGAUGCGGGCUCCUGGUGCUGCCAGCUUCGGUACUCUGAUAAGGAGAUCGUUUCUGCCACAUUCGACCUGCAAAUUCUAGGUUUUGAUGGCCCAACCAGCCCUGUGGUCUACGCAGCAGCUGGCUCUGCAGCUGAUCUACCGUGCAGCCUGAGCUACCUUCCCAGCGCCUUUGGGAUGACUGUGGUGGCAGCCCACUGGAGCCACCUUGCAGGAGGACAUCUGCAGGACUGGGGCAUCUCCCAGAAUCUGAGCAGCAGAAGCUUCCCCCUGCAUCUCCCCGUGGUGGGGCCGGGCGAUGCAGGGCAGUACCGCUGCACUGUCUCUGUGGGACACAGGACAAUCAGCAGGGACGUCACCUUGGCCGUGGUUACAGUGACUCCAAGCAUCCAAGGACCUGUUUCUGAGGGGAGUCAUUUGCUGCUCAUCUGCAGCCUCACUCACUCCCAGGGACAUGAACAUUUCCAGUGGAAGCACCUUGACCCAGCCCCCACUAAGAGCAAGCUGGCUGUGGCUACUUCCCAUAACUUGGAGGGCCACAGUUCACGGGUGGGACCUACCUUGGAAAUACCUCAAGUGUCACAAAAGGACACAGGCACCUGGGAAUGCAGUGUGUAUGGCCCAGAAGGCAGACUGGGAGCAGUGGAGUAUGACCUGCAGAUCACAGGUGCCCAGGUCUCCAGCGCUCCCUCUAUCUUAAGUGGGCAGAUUACUUUUGGGCUCACAUUCACCAUUUUCUUCCUGCUUGCCGUUUGUGUUGUGGCUCUGGCCCUGCAAAAAAGGGCACGGGCUCCUGCCUUCCCAGCACUGGAAGGGAUGUUUGCAGUCAAUGUGCCCUGGAAGCCCAUGGAGGAAAACCAGAAAGGGAAGAUGCAGCAAACGGAGUGCUGAUGGAAGCAGGGGCGUCGGGGCCAGUCUGCGUGGGAGGAUGAAACUCUGUGUGCCACGCAGAGAGAGAUGGGCAGCAUGCAGACCUCUCAGGAGGGUCUAGGGAUGGCAUGAGCACUGCAGGGGACCUUGGGAGCUCUGUACCUGCAGAGGGGCUGGAAGCUGUAGCCAGGGCAAGGCAAACUCACCACUGCGGUCAGGUGGCCAGCAGCAGAGAUGCUUUGGAGCUACUGGGGGUAUUUGAGCCAGUAGCUACUGCCUGCUUUGGUGCCACAUCUCUGUCCCACUCUCUGCCCCUCCUUCGUGGCCUCUCUCUCAGGCUUUCUCUGGUGGAACACUUGGAUGCAGGACAUGGCUGGAAUCCAUCUCCCCUGCAGUCUGACAGUGUUUCUUCCCCCAUGCUCACUCUCUUCUCCUCUCUGUCUCCCUGCACUGCCCUGCUCACUUCCCUGUUGCACAUUUUGAGCAUUUUAACUUAUUAGA